CAUGACCUGAGCCGAAGGCAUACACCUAACCAGCUGAGCCACCCAGACUUCCCUACCUGUUACUUUUAAAGGGUCAGUUAAAUGAAAGCAUGGACCAUGGGGGAGUUGGACCAUAUGAACUUGGCAUGGAACAUUGUGAGAAAUUUGAAAUUUCGGAAACUAGUGUGAACAGAGGGCCAGAAAAAAUCAGACCAGAAUGUUUUGAGCUACUUCGGGUACUUGGAAAAGGGGGCUAUGGAAAGGUUUUUCAAGUACGAAAAGUAACAGGAGCAAAUACUGGGAAAAUAUUUGCCAUGAAGGUGCUUAAAAAGAAAAAGCAUCCUGGACCUGGAUGGGAGAGAAGAGAUGAAGAUCUUAACCUUUCAACAUGCAGACCUUCACUGAAGUCAAGUUUUUACUUUAGCACUUCACUCUGUAUCUGAUCCUUCACUUUUUUUUUUUUUUUUUUUUUUGGAGAGUACACCUUUCUAAGUGCUAGUAAUAUACCUGUUUUUAGUCCUCCACCUUCCGCCUUCUCCAGUCCCUAAUGACUUUUUUUUUUUUCCUUUCUUGCUUUUUAUUUUUGUCUCCAGUUUUUGAACCUACUAAGGUUCUAUGGAAUCAGCUUCUUUUGAGUUCUCUGUGCAGGCAUUUAGAUUUGAUCAUAUUCUACUCCACUGAGUCAUGUACCAUUGCUUUAUCCCACUCUGUUUUCUUCACUUUUGAGGUGUGGAGUGAGAUGCAUUUCCUAGUUUUAUUGAAAAUGGGUUAUGUGUGUUUGGUUUCUUGUUCUUUUUGUUUGGGAUUGAUUUCUGAA